AUGAGCGGUACCAACCUCAAUUUGUCCCACAACAAGGGCAAUCCUCAGCGCAAAACCUCGAUUGUCGACAUGCUUUCGACGCCACCGGCGUUAGCAGGCUCAUCCCCAUCUGACCACGAUACAAUGCCAACAUCUACAACGUCAACAGCAGCAUCCACAACAUCAACAUCAACAUCAACAGCGCCAGCCCCAGGAGAUGUUCCAGUUAGCUUAUCAAGAAAUGCUUCUGUAUCUUCAUCAGUGAUCUCUACCAGCGAAGGUUCUACCGCCCCGCCUCGUGAUUGGCAGGACAUCCCGUUGCUGGAAUUGGUGGAGGAAAACAAGUUAAUUUUUGUAAACGGUAGUAUCUCUAUGGAAGAAGCUUUCAAGACCUUGAUCAGUCAUAAUUUGACCUCAUUGCCAGUAGAAGAGUUUGAUAAUGAUAUUAAUUGCAUAACUUUUGACUAUGGGGACUUGAAUACCUUUUUAUUGUUGGUGUUACACAAAAUCAGCUUUGACCUCUCAGCAGUGGAAUUCGAUCCUCAUUUUGCCUUGGAAAGACAACCGUUGGAAUACUUGAACGAUAUCAAAAUGGGUAAACAAGCGCCAAUCAAAUUUGUUUGCCAAUUGACCAGUAAGAAUCCCUUCAUCAAACUCAAUGAAAAAUUGGACACAUUAUCAUCCGUGGUGGAGAUUUUGGGCUCGGGAGUCCAUAGAGUCGCCAUCAUUAAUAACGAAAAUAAGAUCAGCGGAAUCUUGUCACAAAGAAGAUUGAUUAGAUACCUUUGGGAUAACGCCAGACGCUUCCCUUCAUUGGAUUCAUUAUUACAAACUCCUCUCGAUGAAUUGGAAAUUGGUUCAACCAGUAAUGUGAUUUUUGUCUAUGGUGACCAACCAUUGAUUGAUGCUCUAGUUCUCAUGUAUAAUGACCAAAUCUCUUCUGUUGCUGUGGUUGACAGACAGCAAAACUUGUUGGGUAACAUUUCCAUCACUGACGUCAAACAUGUCUCUAAGAGCUCACAGUCACAUUUGCUCCACAAGUCUUGUUUACAUUUUGUUUCUAUAAUUUUGAAUUCUCGAGGUCUUGAAGACGGCCAAGAUCUGUUCCCAAUAUUCCAUGUAUUUCCAAACAGCUCUUUGGGACGCAUUAUCGCCAAAUUGGUUGCCACAAAAGCUCAUAGAUUAUGGAUUGUUAGUCCGCGUCCGACUAACCUGUUCUCAUCACCAAGCAAGCCACCUUUGUCAUCUUCUGACUCGGAAAGCUCGACCUUAUCAUCAGCUUCGACUAUUCAGUCUAUUCAAAACCCUGCUUUCCUUAAUUUGAAGCCUGAAAUGUCUGGUCGUGCUGGAAAGUUAAUUGGGGUUGUUUCAUUGACAGAUAUUCUUGGAUUACUCGCCAGAAAAUCGUCCAAUAAGACCAUUGAUCCUCAUGCUGCUCGUAAACAAAGAAGAAGAUCCCUGAGUAGUGCAAGCUCGAGAUCUGCCAAAAGCUUGGAACAACUUAGAAGAAGCGUCAAGAGUGAUGGGCGUCAGUAG